UCAUCCCAGCACCUGAGCUAAAAACUAUACGCUCCCCAAGAUCGUCCCGGCCCAGCGAGCACGGCGGCAGCUGCGUGCCCAGCUUUCUGAUAAAGAUCGUGGGCGCUGCUAACGAAAGGGGAAAGAUACGUCGCCCACGGUGAUGAUUAACAUAAUUAUUAGCAGGAAGAUGACCCAUGCUGCUGCUGCUGCUGCUGCGCUGCAUGCCCCUCUCGAUCCGUCAGAGAACACGAAGCGCUCCCAUGCCAUCGCCCGGUUUUUUAAUCCUGCCCUCAUGAUUCGAUCCCCCCUGCCUGCUCCCUUUUGCCGGGCCACUCACGUGCGCUCGUCAAACCGCUGUCCCGCGGGUCCAAACGCGAGUCCUCGCACUCGCAGUCGCAGCUAGCUCUCGCCGUUGUCACUCGCCUCGCACACCACUCACUCAGCUCCUCCACACAGCUCUGCUGGAUCUGUUGGUAUAAAGCAUCGUUGCCGUCGUGGGUCUCCGGCUGCUGGUCCUAGCGGUGCUUGCCUGGGGUUGUUUCUUGAUUGUGGGCAGAGGGAUGGAGCUGGGGCUGAGCCUGGGGGAGGUGGCCGUGGCGGACGCCGGGAAGGCAGCGCCGGAGCUGGGUCUUGGGCUUGGCGUCGGGGUUGGCGCGGGCAGGAGAGAGGAGGGCGGGACGGGGAGCAGGGUGGCGGGGGCGGGGGCGGGAGCGGGAGCGAGGUGGUGGGCGGCGGCCUCGCCGGAGCCGGCGGUGCGGCUCAGCCUCGUGUCCAGCCUCGGGCUCCAGUGGCCGCCUUCCUGGAGCGGGCGUUCGGAAGCGCCGGCGCGCGGGUUCGAUGUGAACCGGGCGCCGUCGGUGGCGGCGGGCGCUUUGGCGUUGGAGGAAGACCCGGCCACGGCGGCCUUGUCGUCGUCGCCCAACGACAGCGCGGGCUCCUUCCCGUUGGACCUCGGCCGCCGUGUCCGCGCUGAGGGCGCGGCGCAGGCCGGCGGCGAGCGGUCGUCCUCGCGCGCGAGCGACGAAGACGAGGGCGCGUCCGCGCGCAAGAAGCUGCGCCUCUCUAAGGAGCAAUCCGCGUUCCUGGAGGGGAGCUUCAAGGAGCACAGCACCCUUAACCCCAAGCAGAAGGCGGCGCUGGCGAGGCAUCUCAACCUCCGGCCGCGCCAGGUGGAAGUCUGGUUCCAGAACCGCCGCGCCAGGACGAAGCUGAAGCAGACGGAGGUGGACUGCGAGUACCUGAAGCGGUGCUGCGAGACGCUGACGGAGGAGAACCGGCGGCUGCACAAGGAGAUCGCCGAGCUGCGCGCGCUCAAGACGGCGCAGCCCUUCUACAUGCACCUCCCAGCCACCACCCUCUCCAUGUGCCCCUCCUGCGAGCGCGUCGCCUCUAACACGUCCGCCUCCACCUCGGCGCCCGCAUCGUCCGCGCCGCCGGCCACAACCACCGCCGCCGCCGUCGCUGCGCCCGCGCUCGAGCACCGGCCUUCGUCGUUCGCCGCGCUGUUCGCGUCCACCCGCAGCUUCUCGCUGGCCUCCCAGCCGCGGCCGCCGGCACCGGCGAGCAACUGCUUGUAAAUACACACGCGGGCGCCGUCCGUCCCUGGCCUCCGUUGGUUGGUUCUCGUGAGAAUUUUUGGGGCUUCCGAGGCCGUCCGUCGCCGUUGCGUGGACGGCUGGGAUGCGAGAAAUGGAGGUUGCUGGGAUAGAGUUAACCUUGAUUUGUUCUCUGUUUAUUUUUUAAGAACAAGGAGUGUUCACGUUAGCACGAAUGGAUCGAUUCAGGGUUUAAUGCUCUGUUUGGCAGCUCAAUCAGAUUUUAAAUUUAUAAACUAAUAUAAAGUGAUUUAAAUAUCUAUUUUUAAAUUAAAAAGGAACAAAAUAACUCACUCAAAAAUCGUAGUGUACACAUGCCUCCACUAUUUAUGAAGUGCAAUUGCUUCGCUGCUCUCGGUUCGUACU